AUGAUCCAUAUACGGCUGGCGUCCGUGGCUCUACCGCGCUACGCGACUCGAGAUCGGAAAUCCCCAAAUCCACAGCCCUGCGGCGAUCAAGCAAAGCCAUUGAUCGAGGAGCACACCAGACGCGAGAUGUCUGAUUCCUUCACCACGGCGACAGAGGCCACGGCGGCGGCGGGGAAGAAGAAGUGGAGGGUACUGCAGGAACUGAUCGACUUCAUCCUCGCAUGGGACGUUUCCGACUACGUCUUCGCGACGCCAGACGACAUGCCCAUCUCCGACGAGUACAAGGCCCAGUACCGCGCCGAGAGGGAGCAGGCCGUUGCGGUCAUGCAGCAGAGCCGCCGCAUGAGGAGGAAGAUGCAGGAGUGGGUCAGGGCUGAGUUGGAGAAGAACGGCUGUGUCGAGGUUGAAACCACAGCCGGGAUGCUUGCAAAGCAUCAGCUUGAGGAAUACAUCCAUGGACAAACUGCAUAA